AUGGCAGGACAGGCAUUUAGAAAGUUUCUUCCCGUAUUUGACCCAGUAUUAGUUGAAAGAAGUGCAGCCGAAACUGUAACCAAAGGAGGCAUUAUGCUUCCAGAAAAAUCACAAGGGAAAGUAUUGCAAGCAAUGGUAGUAGCUGUUAGAUCAGGCUCUAAAGGAAAGGGUGGAGAGGUUCAACCAGUUAGUGUGAAAGUUGGAGAUAAAGUUCUUCUCCCAGAAUAUGGAGGCACCAAAGUAGUUCUAGACGACAAGGAUUAUUUCUUACUUAGAGAUGGUGACAUUCUUGGAAACUACGUCGACUAAAAU